AUGCGCUUAAGCAUAUUUCUCGUACUCGUGGUAGGUUUUGUUGCGGGCUGUUUCAAUCUCACCGACGCCGAAGAGCAAGUCAAAAUCACACUGCUCGAUGACGUUGUGGAUGAUUUUACCACGAAAAUGAAAGAAAAUUCGGUCAAGCUUAAAGGCGGGACUAGCGCCACAACAAGUGGGGAUGUCAAGCUUAAAGAAGCUGCCAAAGUCGCGGCUUCAUCUACAAUGAACUUGAACGAUGCCAUCGUCAAGUUAGAACCAGGUGCGAAGCAGAAACCUCUGGAUACAACCUCUGGCAAGUGGAAAGGUAACUUCGACAAGCUAAAGGCGGAAGGCCAACUCAAAAAUGGUGACGAGAAGCAUAUUGCGAAGCCUACGGAGGAGGUCGCAUAAGAGUGUCGCGAAGGACCCGUCCCAGUGGCGCCGCAUCAAGAAGGCUCUCGAAAUUGCGUUCGGUUUAGGGGUGGCUACUCUUAUUGCCGUAGGUCUCAACGCGAUGACUUCGUAGUUGAGCUCUUCGUUGAGAAAUGAUCAUUAAGUCCAACGAACACGUUUUUCUUCUCAACCUGA